AUGACCACAGUCGCGUACAGGAUCCCAGCCUUUGGAGACUCACAAUCACCAACGGAUCUUGAGCCACCGCCCCCAAUUCCCGGUGACCGCCCAAUACGUCGGCGUGCCCUAUAUGGCUGGCGGUUCACCUACGACAAGCUCUUCAAAGCGCACGAAGGUCCGGAGGAGGGUGACGAGGAUGACGCCCUCGAUAUCAUCUUCGAGGUCGCAAACUCCGUCGACAUGCUUCACCUCAUCGACGUGUAUGAGAACUUCAUCUGGCUCUCGCGCAACUACCUCAGUCGCCACCAUGGUACCAUACACUCCAGAGGUCUCUCCCUCAUACCGAAGAAGGAGAACAUGCGAGUGCUCACAGACGCGCUCAAGCUAGGAGAGCCUGAGUGGCAUUUCCUAGAGGAGACGGCGUAG